CUGUAGUUAAUGUUAGUUCCAGAAUUUCAGUACGUCUGUUGAAAUUGGUUGAAGUUGGCGCGAUCAACGGAGAUUGUUUCUAUUUAUCACUAUUAUUGACUAUUUAUGAGAAGAGAUUGUAAAAUACUGUAGUAAUGAAGGCAUCAUUGGAUCCGAUAUAUGUGCAGGAAUUUAUAUUUAAACAAUCAAAUACAUCUCAAGUAUUUGAUUUGAAGACUCCUGCAUACAUUCCUGCCGCUUGCAAUCUUCUUGUAGCUGACAAAAAACGAGGACUGCUGUAUAUAGGACACGAUGAUAAAAUCACUGUUUUAAAGCCAGCGGAGGAAAACAAUGCUGAGUGGAAGAUAGAACUUCAGUUGCCAGGCGUUAUAUCAAAAAUUGCAAUUAAUUGUGAUUAUAAUUAUAUUGCUAUAGGCAUAGCAUUGAAGCCUACAAUAUUGAUAUAUGAUGCCCAUUCAUUAGCUAGAAAUAGUCUCAACCUGUUGCUCGAAAUAACAUCAUCAAACAAGUUGGAUAGUUACAUAAUGGACAUACGAUGGAAUCCUACUGUACCUACAACGUUUUGCACUGUUACUAGUGACUGCACUAUUGGUAGCUUCCAACUGAAAGUAGAAGAAGAAAUAAGAGAAAAUUUUGCUCCAAAGAUAUCUGUCUUGUCCAAAGUGUCUAAUGAACCACAGGCUUUAUGCGCAGCCUGGAGCCCCAAAGGCAAACAGAUAGCAGUGGGCUGCAAGAAUGGAGAUAUCGUACAACUGAAGCCAGAUACUUUGAAAGUCGCUAGAACUAUCGCAGGUCCUUCACCAUCCAUCGGAGAGGUAAUUAGCAUCCUGUGGAUCAGCAAUUAUCAAUUUUGUGCCGCAUAUUUAAACAAUGAGCGGCAUAUAAAUGUUCUCAUUGUUGAUGCGCCAAAAGGAGAAGCAAACGCUAUAUUUACAUGUUAUGAAGAUAUUACAUAUGGUUUCCCCGACACCGAGGGAGAAGACAGUGUUCCACGUUAUUAUUUCGAGCAUAUACCAGAAUGGGGACUUAUCAUAGCGGGCAGCAGCACCAGUAGCGAGAUAGCUGUGUUAGGCACUACAAACGGUGGCGUAAAUUGGAAUCAAUGGCAAUUGGCCGAUAGUGGCAGGGCUCAAUUACCACUGAUAAGAACAACGGAAAUUUAUCCCUUGGGUCUGGCCGUGGACAAGUCUCCGACCAAUCGAUUACCGUGGGGUACGGACUCGAUAUUGCCGCAUCCAGUUCCUGUUUUGCAUAUUCUUGGAACAUCCGGAAAAUUGUGCAGCUUCCACAUGGUCAAUUUAGCAUCCAACUGUCCUGCCAUCAAUGUUCCUCCUACGGAAAUUAUCACACCUCCGGUACAGUCACAGCCUAAUGCUUUACCCGCAGAAAUGUCUUUCAGUAUGAAUGCCGCGGUGACCAGCACGCCACGUUCGAAGCAGGUGGAAGCAGCGCCAGAACGAUCAAAGCCCGCUCCGGUGACGAGUAUAUUUGGCGAUUCUCUAAAAGCAGCUGGAUUUUUUCAACCAUCUGUGGAACAAUCAACAGAACAGCAAAAGCCACAAGAAGAAAAAGCCGCGCCGCUAGCAUUUGCGAAACCGGUUACGCCCAAGGAAUCGCCAGCACCAGAACCUACGAAGACGGAAAUCAAACCAGUUGUAGAUAAGGAAGCGAACACGCCGCAAGUAACGGAACAGAAAGUUUCUAUAGACGAUAACAUACGGUUACGAGCUUACAUACAGGAGCAAGCAUUGUUUGAGAAAGAAUUACGAAAUAAAUUGGAGCCACAGACAUGGGAAUGCGGCACAGAUGAAGAAAAAAAACGACUCGGAGAAACAUCUAUGCUUAUAGAACAGUUCUUGAGAGAUUUAAAGGAUACGACAAACAGUCUGUCCAGUGACAUAGCGUACUUGAAAGCUUUGUUACUCCAAUCAUUCGCGUGGGUCGAAGAAACCAAAUCAAAGAAUACAGCGAGUGUCGAUAUCACAACUAGAAACUGCAGUGAGAACAGCAAAAUAGCGGAUCUACAACGAUGGUAUUACUACACUCAGACGCAAUUGAAUCAAGUCAGCAAAAUUUUGGACUUAGAAUGGUCGGAGCACAAAGCACAGGCGAAAUCAAAGAUGAAGAUUCCCAGCUUGGAGUACGUGUAUCAAAAUCUGUUGAUGCAUAACAAAAUUAUUGCGAAGGAAAAAGAGAAGCUCGAGCAGAUCUCGCGGCAAUGGCGAUCCCUCAAUCGCUCGUUGGCGGCUAGUGGUAUGUCCAGCCUUAAUCGCUCGAUGGCAAGUUUGCAAGUGACCUGUCCAAAGUCGCCAGCAUCGAUUAUUCGAGGAAAAAACGACGUUAUAGAUGCCCGUUGCAAAUUCAUUGCUUCAAAGACCCUGAGCUUUACACAGGAAAAGCAGAUUAAGUUAAGGACAUUGCUCACCGAAUCAUCUCCAAGAGUCAUCAAGCCAGUCAAUCCAUCACCGAUCCAAGAUCGUCUAAAGGCUACACUGUCUUCCCUAGCAUCUCUCAGUCCUGUGGUGAACGAAGCUAAGACCAAAACCGAACCACCGAUUGUUAAGCAGAACAUCAUCGUCAAGCAGCCGAUUGAGAAACAGACCAAGUCACAAAGUCCUCUCGCUUCGUUGAACAGCAUCGUUGCGAGAAUCGGUUCGUCCGACACGAAUGGGAUCAUUACGCAGAACAAAACCCAACAGAAGCCACUUCCAGCGAUCGUUUCUUUCUCCGGUGCGCUUUCUACCAAGCAAACGGAUAAAAAGCCCAUCGCAUCGGCUGUCCUCGCAACGCCCCAAUCUAAACCGAAACAAGAUCUCAACGUUAACUUUCCACCGUCUAUCACGUUUGGAACGUCGACACCGAAGUCUCAGGAGAUCCUCUUUCCAAGAUCACUUCUUACAGAUACGACUGUCAGCAAUAAUAAGGAACCGGCGAGCAGCGACAGCGCCUGUAAAGUCUCGGAAUCUGCUCUAUUCUCGACCGGACUGUUGAAGGAUGUAUUAUCAACGGAAUAUCCAUUGACGGAGAACGCCCGCAUGGGAAUCGCACGUAACAUUUCUCUUUCUACGGCACCAACUGUGAAAACGGACGCUGCCGCCACAUUCAGUUUCGCUACGCCUAUAGUUCCUCCUGUCGCGAAGACUCCAACUUCCGGCACUGCGCUCGACAUGGUGUCCUUUGCUUAUUUAAAACCCACUACCUCUACCGUAGAACCACUCACGACAACGGCUCAAAUGCAAACACCGAUAGAGUUAUCGACUUUAUCAUUGGAAUCACCUAACAAAUUAAUCCUUCAAUCGGUGGAUCAGUCAGGCAACAGCGCCAACGGAAAGAUAAAUGCGAUCACGACUUCCAUGAGCUUCGCUACACCCGCACCUAUUGUUACAACACAGGCUCCCACAACGACUGCCAUUACUUCCGUUAUGACCCUUGGUGAGGUCACCAUUAGCGUUGUAAACGCAAAUAGCACACGCAGACCAGUGACAGAGAUGCCAUCCACCAGCUCGGUUAUCGAGAAAGUCACUACGUCUGAAGUGAAAGCACCCACCUUCGGUACCACCAUAGCUGCCCAGGCUCCAACUUCGCUAGCAGCAGCAGCACCAAUAUUCGGCGGUCUGACUAUCAUGAAGAAUACGGCAACAGCAGAGGCGACGAUCACACUGCCCGCUACGACUACCUUCAGCACAGUUUCAUUCGGGACAUCGACCUUGGCGCCGACCACCGCGUCGGAGUUCAGCGGAUUUGCGAAUAUGUCCGCAGGCGUUAGCACUAGCUCCUCGACGAUGCCUGUGAGCAGCACUGUAUCUCCUUUCCAGACCUCUCUAAGUAAACCAACAUUCGGUGAGCCCGUUGCCACCAGUAUGCCGGCCACGAGUUUCGGGAUCAACUCUGGCAACACCUCUGCCACGGGUACAAUUUCAUUCGGCAUGUCCGCGGCGACAACGACGGCGACAACGACGGCGACGACGACGGCGACGACGACGAUAACGACGAUAACGACGACAACCUCGAUUACGCCGGCAUUUGGCAAGAGUCCAAUAUCGUCUCCAGUGUCAAACACGCAAUUCCCAGAUGUUCAAACAUCCGCGUCAACGGCGAAUGUCUUUGCGAAGCCGAUUAUCAGUCUCGCAUCAUCACCGUUUGGCAAUUCCUCGAACCCCGUAUUUUCCAACACGCCUGCCACUUCCUCGAACACCUCCAUGUUCGGAGGCAACAGCAUGAAUUCCAUCUUUGGAUCGACUGCCCCGAGCGGAAGUAUCUUCGGGGGUAACACGACAGGAUUUGGCACGGCCUCGACGGGAUCUAUAUUCGACACCAGUGCCCCGAAACCCGGCAUUGUGUUCGGUGGUGCGACCAACGCACCUGCCUCUCCAUUUGGUGGUGCGACGAGCAACGCGUCGCCAACGGUGGUCAGCGGUUCUCCUGCAAACGCAAACGUCUUCAGAUCUACCGUGUCCAACGCUUCUCCCAUACAGCAACCAUUACUCAGCAAUCAACCCGCUUUCGGACAGGGUCCCGCUUUCGGUGCCAAACCAGUGUUCGGCUCAUCGCCCAUCUUUGGCGGAUCGAAGCCCGUUUUCGGGGGUAGUGGUUUUGGUUCAUCCCUUGCAUUCGAAUCUCCUGGCAUGGGAUUUGGAAGUCCAUCUGCUAUGCAAGCCGGCUCUACAAUGGAAAAUAUGCCAAAAGUAUUUGGAGAAGUGGCAGGCAGCAGUACGUUCGAGUCUUUGGCCAAUCAGUCGGGUGGUCUCAGUUUCGGUAGUUUAGCUCAAAAGAACCCAGAACCAGAGAAACCAACAUUCACUGCCGGCAGCUCGUUCUCCAGUUGGAGGUGAAUAAAGUAUAGUUGCGGCAGAUUUAUCUUCAAAAUUGUUAUGCAUCUAGCAGAAUACAAAAUUUCUAUUGAACGGGAAUGAUUUAAAAUUACAAUCGUGUAUAUACUGUUUUACAUUCAGAUGUACUUUUUAUGAAACAAAAAUCAUUAUCUAUUAUGUCUUGUACUGUUGUAAUAAAUGAGAACCGAUCUAAGUUUUAUAAU